GCGCCGGGGCCCGAGGGCGGCGCGGCUGGCGCAGGGCUCAGCGCCCCGGGGGCACUGCCGGGAGCCCCGGGGGGGCGUGUGCAUGGCCCCGGGCGCCGGCCCCGUCGUGCGGGCCCCCCAGACGGCGCUGGUGCACGCCCCUCUGGAAAAGAGGGGUCCAGGGGCCCCGGGCAGCUUAUGCAGGGCCCUGCGAAGCGAGCGAAGAGCCGGGGGACCUGCGAAAGGACUUUGGAAGCCCCAGCACUCGAGGAAGGGGCCCUUGGCCUGCUGAAGAAGCUGAACAGCUGUCAGAUGUCCAUCCAGCUACUCCAGACAACCAGGAUCGGAGUCGCCGUCAAUGGGGUCCGCAAGCACUGCUCAGACAAGGAGGUGGUGUCUUUGGCCAAAGUCCUCAUCAAAAACUGGAAGCGGCUGCUGGACUCCCCCGGGCCCCCCAAGGGAGAAAAAGGAGAGGAGAGAGACAAAGCAAAGAAGGAAAAAGGGCUCGACUGUUCCAACUGGAAGCCAGAGACAGGCCUUUCUCCACCAAGGAAGAAACGAGCCGAAGAGCCCAAAGACAGGAGAGAUUCUGUGGACUCCAAGUCUUCAGCCACAUCCUCUCCAAAAAGGCCAUCGAUGGAAAGAUCAAACAGCAGCAAAUCAAAAGCAGAGACCCCCAAAACACCCACCAGCCCCUCGACCCCCACCUUUGCCCCCUCCGUCUGCCUCCUGGCACCCUGCUAUCUCACAGGGGACUCUGUGCGGGACAAGUGUGUGGAGAUGCUCUCAGCAGCCUUGAAGGCCGAAGAUGAUUACAAGGACUAUGGAGUCAACUGUGACAAGAUGGCAUCGGAAAUCGAAGAUCAUAUCUACCAGGAGCUCAAGAGCACAGACAUGAAGUACCGGAACCGAGUGCGCAGCCGAAUCAGCAACCUCAAGGACCCCAGGAACCCCAGCCUGAGGAGGAAUGUGCUCAGUGGAGCCAUCUCUGCUGGGCUCAUUGCCAAGAUGACAGCAGAGGAAAUGGCCAGUGAUGAGCUGAGGGAACUGAGGAAUGCCAUGACCCAGGAAGCUAUCCGUGAGCAUCAGAUGGCCAAGACAGGCGGCACCACCACUGACCUUUUCCAGUGCAGCAAAUGCAAGAAGAAGAACUGUACCUAUAACCAGGUGCAGACACGCAGUGCUGAUGAGCCCAUGACUACCUUUGUCUUAUGCAAUGAAUGUGGCAAUCGCUGGAAGUUCUGCUGAUAGAACCGCCAGCCAGGAUUUCAAUGAACAAGGUGAGGAAGAACAAAGAGAACGCACUAAGCCAUUGUAGCUGGAGAAAAAAAUAAAAAUUAAGAUGAAGAAAAAUGCUGAACUCUGACUGGGGUC